CAUCCUCACUCUCCCUUCACCUCUCACACUCUCUCUUCUCUCUCUCUCAAAACCCUUACACAAACGCUGCGUUUAGUGUAAGAAAAUCAAUCAUGUCUCUUACAGUAGAGAAAACCCAAGCUGGCCGUGAAUACAAGGUUAGGGAUCUUUCCCAAGCCGAUUUCGGCCGACUCGAGAUCGAGUUGGCCGAAAUCGAGAUGCCCGGACUCAUGUCCUGCCGAACUGAGUUCGGACCAUCCCAACCCUUCAAAGGUGCCAGAAUCACCGGAUCUCUUCACAUGACCAUCCAAACCGCCGUCCUCAUCGAAACCCUAACCGCCUUAGGUGCUGAAGUCCGUUGGUGUUCCUGCAACAUUUUCUCAACUCAAGACCACGCCGCCGCCGCCAUCGCUCGUGACAGCGCCGCCGUUUUCGCCUGGAAGGGUGAGACUCUUCAAGAGUACUGGUGGUGUACUGAACGUGCUCUUGACUGGGGUCCAGGUGGUGGUCCUGAUUUGAUUGUUGAUGAUGGUGGUGAUGCUACUUUGUUGAUCCAUGAAGGUGUUAAGGCUGAAGAGCUUUAUGAGAAAACUGGUGAGGUUCCUGAUCCAAGUUCUACUGAUAACGCUGAGUUUCAGCUUGUGCUUACUAUCAUUAGAGAUGGGUUGAAGACUGAUCCUAAGAGGUAUCGUAAGAUGAAGGAUAGACUUGUUGGUGUUUCUGAAGAGACUACUACUGGUGUUAAGAGGCUUUAUCAGAUGCAAGCUAGUGGAACUCUUUUGUUCCCUGCUAUUAAUGUCAAUGACUCUGUUACCAAGAGCAAGUUUGACAACUUGUAUGGAUGCCGUCACUCUCUUCCUGAUGGUUUGAUGAGGGCUACGGAUGUUAUGAUUGCUGGAAAGGUGGGUGUUGUCGCUGGAUAUGGAGAUGUUGGAAAGGGUUGUGCUGUUGCCCUGAAGCAAGCUGGAGCUCGUGUGAUUGUUACUGAAAUUGAUCCAAUCUGUGCCCUUCAGGCUCUCAUGGAAGGUUUCCAGGUUCUGACUCUUGAUGAUGUUGUCUCUUAUGCUGACAUCUUUGUUACCACCACCGGUAACAAGGACAUCAUCAUGGUUGAUGACAUGAGGAAAAUGAAAAACAAUGCCAUUGUUUGCAACAUUGGUCACUUUGACAAUGAAAUUGAUAUGUCUGGACUUGAGAACUACCCUGGUGUGAAGCGCGUCACCAUCAAGCCUCAAACCGACAGGUGGGUUUUCCCCGAGACCAACACCGGCAUCAUUGUCUUGGCCGAGGGUCGUUUGAUGAACUUGGGUUGUGCUACUGGACACCCUAGUUUUGUGAUGUCCUGCUCCUUCACCAACCAGGUCAUUGCUCAGCUUGAGUUGUGGAAUGAGAGGAAAUCUGGAAAGUAUGAGAAGAAGGUUUACGUUUUGCCUAAACAUCUUGAUGAGAAGGUCGCGGCACUUCAUCUUGGCAAGCUUGGAGCUAAACUCACCAAGCUUUCCCAAUCACAGGCUGAUUACAUCAGUGUGCCAGUUGAGGGUCCAUACAAGCCUGCUCACUACAGGUACUGAGAGAUGAUCAAGGUGGUGAUUAGAGGUCGAGGGAAAAAGGAAAUGUGUUUUAUGAAAUGGAUUGAUUUUUCAUUUUCAUUUUCCUUGUUUGAUUUUUUGGAAUUAGACUUUUUCAGAAUUGUGGUAGAGUAGGUUUUUGUAAUGUUAACAGUGGGUGGGGAAUGGUAAGAGGAAGGCAACCUACUGGUUUCUUGAAUGAGACCAAAUGGGUUUGAAUAAUGCCUUGUUUGGGGAUUGUGUGUCAAUUAUGCUGAAUUUGAGUUUCUGUAGACCUUUAAUGUUUGAAAAAAUGAGAAAAUUAUUUUCUUGCA